CUACACCUAUUCAUAAAUUAUAUCGGUGCAUGGUAAAUAUAGAGCAUAUAUAACACAGAUAAUGCCUUGAGUGAAGUGAAUGUAGUGUAAUAUUUUGAAUAUUUUGACAAUGUGAUUAUAAAACAACCCUGAUGAAAUCUGAUGUAUUAGCAGUGGCCUUGUGGUGGCUGCUACCGACUAUAUGGGCCGGAGUCAUAAGAGAUACCGAGGACGAGCCGUGCCGGAGCUACUCUCUUAACAACUUGGUUUACCUUGACUGCUCUGACAGAGAACUCACUGAAUUGUCAGACAAUUUAAAUUACGAUGCCCAGGUUUUACUUCUUUCGAAUAAUAAUUUCGAAAGUUUUCCUAGUCAACUUGAAAUGUUUUCUCACGCAGAAAAAAUAGACUUGUCAGGAAAUCGACUGAGUCGUCCUCUGCCAAAUUUUUUAGUGAACAUGCCACACUUGCAGACCCUCAACCUGUCUGACAACAACUAUGAAAUCUGGAUAAGUGAAAUGCCUAAUAGCAAUCUAGAAUAUUUGGACUUAUCCAAGAAUAAGAUUACCCAAAUUCAUGACGAUUCCUUUAAAGAAAUGACUGGUCUGCAUCAUCUUGAUUUAUCAGAAAACAGAAUUGCUGGCCUACAACCAACAUUAUUUUCUGGAGCAACGAAUUUGCUCACUCUCAGUUUAUCCAGAAAUUCCUUUACAAAUGUCCCCGUAUUCCAAACGACUUCAUUAAGAAGCCUUCAUCUAAGUAACUGUCUAAUAGGUAAUCUUAACGUCGAUUCCCUUACAGAAAUGACAACUUUACUAGAAAUUGACCUGUCUUUGAACCAAAUUGAGAGCGUGCCGGACAAUUUCCAGUCUCACACUUUGCAGAAAUUAGAUUUAAGCUAUAACGAGAUUUCGUCGCUUACUGACCGCACCUUCUCGGCAUUACCCAACCUUGCGGUAUUGGACUUGAGAGGCAACGAGUUCAAAAAAGUUUGGUCGUCCGCAUACUUCUCCUCAAACCCGUAUUUGAGGGAAAUACAUGUAAAAGGAAACCGAUGGAGCUGUGAAGGAUUUGGCGUAAACUUGCUUCUUACAUAUGAGUACUUGACAAGGGAGCCGUCAAAAGUUGUAGACCCAGCUUCUUCAUUAAUAUGUUACUCGCCAUCUAAUGUGACACAAUUAACAUGGCAGAGGGCUUACAUUGAGACGUGGCACCGAGAUGGGACGUCGGAUGAAUCGUAUAUGUUCAUGGCUGUGAUGGUUGGAGUGAUCAUUGGUGUAUUAAUUACAUCAUUCAUAUGUCGAGGACUGAUGUCUCUUAGCAAACCGGAGCCACCAAGACCGCCGCCCACGGAAACUGCGGCUCUGAAUGGCAUCAGCAUCACACCUCAGCCGCGUGUCGAGGCCUUGGUAAUGAGAGUUCCCCUUCAUGACGAAGAUCUCCCUCCUUCCUACGAUGAAGCGCUUCUGAUGCCGCGAUUAAACUCAUCCUUUCAUUCUCUACCUGACUUUGUGGACGAAGUCGAAGAGCCAAUAGAGCGUAGACACCGCAGGUCUAGGUCUAUUGGAGACCUUACUGAAUCUAGACCUAGAAUAAGUGACAGACGCUCAGUAAGACACACAGUUCAAAUUCGUAUAAACUAAUAACUGACUAGAUGUUUCAUAAGUUGAGUUAAAUGAUAAACA